GAAGAAGAAGAACGGUCACGUGAUGCACCCUGUGACGUACCACGUGACGCAGUGGGCCGGUGCGGAAGUGAACUUGAAGUAAACAGCUGCAGAGAGAGAAGCGGGUCUGUGUUCAUGAUCAGAUCAGUUUAAGGAUCCACAGAGACUCCUCUACCCCCCGGUGUGUCUCUGAGUGUCUCUGUUUGUCUCACAGGAUGGAGAAGAAGACUUUUUUAACGCUGUUUGUAGUUUUAGUCAUCUCUCAGGUGAACUGCAGAAACUCCUCUACACUGAAAACACGCAAAAAGGCUCAGAUUUUGGGGUUCGACUGGAAGAACUGCGGGCAGCCCGAUGCUCCAGCUGUGCUGAAGUCUCUGAAAGUGUCUCCAGACCCGAUCUCAAUCCCUGGAGACCUGACAGCCUCGGCCUCAGGAUCCACGUCUGUAGAGCUGGCCUCUCCUCUCUCUCUGAACGUGACCCUGGAGAAGGAGGUGGCGGGUUUCUGGGUGAAGAUCCCGUGUUUGGAGGAGUUGGGAAGCUGUCACUACAAGGACGCUUGUGAUCUCCUGAACCAGGUGAUCCCUCCGGGUCAGGACUGUCCUGAGCCGCUGCCCACCUACGGACUGCCCUGCCACUGCCCCUUCAAAGCCGGCUCGUACUCUCUGCCUGAGUCUGACUUCUACCUCCCCGACAUGGACCUGCCCUACUGGCUGACGAACGGGCACUACCGCGUGCAGGGCGUACUGGGCAGCCAGGGCCAGGAGCUGGGCUGCCUCAAGAUCGCUCUCGCCCUUCACUCCGACUGAUAGGACUCCGACUGAUCGGACUUUGAGAGCGGACGGGGAGGUUUCAGGAGGAUUCAGGAGGUUUCAGGAGGUUUCAGGAGGAUUCAGGAGGAUUCAGGAGGAUUCAGGAGGAUUCAGGAGGUUUCAGGAGGUUUCAGGAGGAUUCAGGAGGUUUCAGGAGGAUUCAGGAGGUUUCAGGAGGAUUCAGGAGGAUUCAGGAGGAUUCAGGAGGUUUCAGGAGGAUUCAGGAGGAUUCAGGAGGUUUCAGGAGGUUUCAGGGGGUUUCAGGAGUUUGUCUAUUUGCACGUAAACAAAGUUGAAAAUUGGGAAAUGAAAGCAGAAGUUGCACAGAGCCCUGAGAUUUAUGAACCUCACUGAGGUCAGUGAAAGUGACUUGAAUUUGAUCAGUUCCACUUCACGACAGUUUGGGAUUUUAAUUGGUUAAAGAGAGAAACGGGCGUCAAUAAGCAGCACAGUGACCUCUGCUGGCUGAACUGGAAACUACAGAAGUCUCAGACAAAAGAGAGAUCUGUCGGACGUGUUCCUCUCCUUUACGACUGAAAGAACCUCUUGAUGAAAUAUUCUUUCUGAUGUUUUCUACCUUUUUAUAUUUUCUGCAUAAUUCAGAAAGAUGAAUUUCAAACCUUUGAAAUCUUUCUGAGUUACGUUUCCACUCGUGCAGCAGCCUGAGGGGGAAACAUGCAGCAUGAUGACUGAGCUUCUUUCUGUGUUUGAGUUCAUGUUUUUAAAAUGUGAAACAGGUUUAAUACUUUUUCACUUUUCUUUCGUUUCACAAAUAAUUAAACCUUUAAAGCAACUUAAAAUGACACAAACACAUUCUUCUUCAGGGUGCGGGUACAUCUGAAGUAUUUCUGACUUUAAUAUGUGAAACAUUGAUUAAAGUUAAGGUACAAUAAUCUUUUUUGUAAAGAUUUUAAUCCUUCUUUUUCCUGCAGAGAUCAUUAAACACUCAAAGCUUCCAGUUCUUGAAAUUAAAGAGAGUUUUUCUGCUUGAAAUGAUGAAACGAAGCUGAAGCAAAGUGCAACGACAGAGAUCAGCCAGGAGGGGGAGAUCUUUGUCCCGUCUGAAUGUACUGUAGAAGCACAGAGCACAGCUUCACCAGCUUCACCAGCUUCACCAGCAACUCUGCACGCUGUCUAACGUUCAUAAAUAUAUAUUUGAUAUCAACAUUUCCAUCGUAGACCCUAAACCUGCGAUUUAUCAAGAGGUCCCAAACACUGAGCAAUAAUCAGAGACGAUGGAUAAAACCACUCUUUAAAUAGUUUUUAAAUAUUAAAGCCUUUUAUACAUCCUGUCUUUUUAAUGCUGAUUUAUGUCACUCCUUUCUUUUUGUUAAUCUCUGAUAAUUAUUGUAUUUUGUUUGAACUGGGAUUUUUGUUUCAGAGUUUUCAGCUCUGCAGGGAAUUAAGCUCUUCUCUUCUCUUUGACGUGUUUCUGAUCUGAUUUGAUUUUUCAUUAUUAUAUCUGUCUUUUUAUGAAGUGCCUGCUUCCAUCUUUAUUUUAUCUCCAGCCAAAUGACGACAAUUAAAGAGAUUAAAUGAAUGUUUUAUUAGUUAUUAUUAUUUUGAUUAGUUUGAUUAUUUUUUAUAAUGUUGAUGACGAUGAUGAAACAUCAUGCUGGUGAUUAUUUCCACACUGUGUACAGUUUUCAAUAAACAGAUUCGAACUCUUAA